UAUAAGUAUAGAGAAACUGAGCCGUGGAUUCCAUUGCCAUCCCUGCCCCCGCCCAUCAAUUUAUCAGCACAAGCUGUGUCUGGUCCCUGUGUCUCCUGGAGUCCCAUGAAGAUCAUGAAUAUCCUCCAAAUCCACAACCUGAAACCCCAAUUUCCUUGUACUUUCCGAACUUUCCCCCAUCACUCCCUCUCUGGUUCCCUCAACUUCUCCCUCAGAAAAUCCACUCGUCUCUCUUCUUCUUCAUUUCUUUUAUUGCUCGUUACUCCCAUAAGACCUACCUUCAAAAUCUUCACAGUUUCAAGAAUUGAAGCUCCAUUUUUUGAAAACAAUAAAGAAGAAGAAGAAGAAGACGAGGAGAGGAACUCGGCAACCAACUUAACAGAAUUCGAGGACUUGGCCCCAGACGGUGUGGUUUACCAGAACACACUGAGAUUGGUGGAGUGUUCAAUGUUUGCUGCUGUCACUGGUCUCGUUUAUUUCUUGAGCAAUUCUCUCUCAAUUGAGAAUUACUUUGGAUGCUUCUUCUCUUUGCCGAUAGUAAUCUCUUCGUUGAGAUGGGGUGUUGCGGGCGGAAGAAAAACUAUGGUGGCAACAGCUAUGCUCUUAUUUGUUUUGUCUGGUCCUGUAAAAGCCUUAACCUAUCUGCUAACACAUGGUUUAGUUGGUUUCACAAUGGGUUCUUUAUGGAGGAUGGGAGCGAAUUGGGGUCUUUCGAUUUUCUUGUGCACAAUUGCUCGGGCGACAGGUGCUGUGGGGUAUGUCUUAACAUCCUCGUUCUUAAUAAGAGAAAACAUACUUGCUUUGAUCACCAUAAAUAUCCAUGCUUCUCUCACAUUCAUAUUUGCUGCCGCUGGUAUUAAUACCGUUCCAUCAAUGAAUUUCAUAUAUUCUCUUUUUGGAAUUCUGGUCGUGCUAAAUAGUGGAUUCUUUGUAUUCUUAUUACACCUUCUAUAUUCUGUGUUCCUCACUCGACUUGGGAUGAAGGAUUCACUAAGAUUGCCAAGAUGGCUGGAGAAGGCCCUGUAGGUCCCAAGAAGUUUCACUCAGUUCCAACAAUGGUACCAACAGAAUUUCAAGUAUGAAUAGAACGAACAGGAAAUGGCCUUUGUAAUCGUAUCCAAUUGUCAUCAAAGGUAAGUAAUCUCUUCGAUCCAUAUCUGAUUUUGGCAGUCCUUCAAUAUCCAUAGUUUCAUUUCAUUAUGUAUGAGAAGAUCUUUAUAAUCUAUCAGAGCCAAGUAACUAUUUACUUGAAUCAAUUUUUUGAACGUUAUUGCAUUCCAACCCGACAAAUAUCGAAAAAUGUGAACGGAGCCAUCCUCGGUGGAAAUUCCAUCGGGAACCGUGAUGGACCGAGAGUUUUCAUCCUCCGGAUCGAACACCAAUAUAUGCAUAGCUCUCUCGAACGUGAAUGACCAAUGUAGUGCUCCGCUAACACAUGUAGAUUUUCCAUAAAAAUCACACGGGCGUUGGUCGAAGUGAUGUCAACAGGCAAAGAAGCAUCCAUCCUUCUCCAAGAGUUGGUUCCUGGAGUGUGAAUCUCACGGUGAUCCCCCAACACCUGUUGACCAGCAUCUAUUUGACAAAACUUGAAGACCUCGUAUUCCUUUCUGAGAGGCUCCUAUCCACGAAAGCAAGAAACCAUAACGACAUCAAAUGCACAAGAAACCAUAAGACCCCGUUCCUACUUACUUGCAAAUGCACUCGAACUGCAGGACCGACUUGCCUGGAAGUCUUGAUAGGAAAUCGAAAAGGAUGAUUUCACCCUCUGCUACUCUCCUCCCAUUAAUUUUUUUUCCUGUUAGAGUUGAAGAGGCUUUCACACUGUAACCUAGCUACUACUAUAACCUAAUUUCUUUACUAAUUCAAAGACAAUCCUGGUGGAUUUAUGUUUCUUGAAA